AUGUCCGGCCUCAACUCCACCGAGAUCGCCAACGCCUACGAUGCCGUCCGCUCGGACAAGGACGAGGCCAACUGGCUCCUCAUCGGCAACGGGCCCACCGGCAAUCAGCUGAACCUGACCAAGACGGGCUCGGGCGGACUGGACGAGCUCAAGAACGAGCUGGACGACAGCCAGGUGCAGUACGCCUACGUCAGGGUCGAGUACGCCAACGAUUCCGAGAGCAAGCGGGUCAAGUUUGUCCUCAUCAUCUGGAUCGGCAACAGCACCAAGGUUAUGAGGAAAGCCAGGGUCAGCAUCGAGAGCGGCGAGGUCAAGAGGGUGCUCAGCCACCACAGCAUACAGGUCGACGCCAACGACAAGUCUGACCUGGACGAGAAGGACAUUGUUGCCCGUCUGAGGAAAGCGGGCGGUGCCGACUACAACGGCGGACGCGGUUAG